AUGCCGUGCAAACACUUCUUUUUCGCCCUCGCGUUGUUUGUUUUGUGCUCCAGCGCGGCCGAUGAUGGCCUGUCCGACUUCACCAAUGACUUAGCAACCGAUCUUGGCCCUCUUCUUGCACUCUUUGGGGAGUUCAUGACGAAACAAUAUCUCAGCGAAAGCACAACCUUUUUAGAUUAUUUUAUUUUCGCCAUGUGCCCUAUAGGUAUUAUUACUACAAUUGUCUCAGUAAUUCGAGUUUGUGGAAGUCAGUCCCUUCGCGUCUUCAUCGGUAGAUCAUAUGAAGGAAAUGGCGUUGUUGAAGCUGAGCUUUGCACUUCAACAAGCCGCUAUGUUUGCGAGCUUUUCGACCAUGGUGGCAUCACUCGUGUUCUCGGCCGGCCCAAGAUCCUCGAACUAGUCUAA